CCUCUCUCUCCUGCAUUACCCUUGUCUUCACUUUUCAAUAUAAUGGCCGCUACUCCCCCUCCCAUGUCUGAUGGCAUUGGUAUUGCCAACCUUCCUAAUCAGAGGCACAAGAUCGUUGCCAAGCGGGGGACCCAUUUUACUGUCAUGGUUGUCGGCGAGUCCGGUCUCGGGAAGACCACACUCGUCAACACGCUCUUCUCGACGGAGCUCUCGCCUCCGAAGAACUACAGCCGCCGUCACCAACGACAGCUCGACAAGCUCACAGAAGUCGAGAUUAUUAAAGCAGAGCUUGAGGAGAAGCAGUUCAAGACGAAGCUCACCGUCAUCGAUACGCCCGGCUUUGGUGACUACGUCAACAACCGCGACUCGUGGGCGCCGAUUGUUGACUUCAUCGACGACCAGCAUGAAGCAUACAUGCGCCAGGAGCAGCAGCCUGAGAGGAAGGACAAGAUUGACUUGAGGGUGCACGCGUGCCUCUACUUCAUCAGGGCAACUGGACAUACGCUCAAGCCUCUUGAUAUUGAGAUCAUGAAGCGUCUUGGUACUCGUGUCAACCUCAUCCCGGUCAUUGCCAAGGCGGACACGCUCACUCAGAAUGAUCUGUUCACCUUCAAACAACGGAUCCGCGAUGUCAUCCAAGCGCAGGGCAUCCAAAUUUACCAGCCGCCCAUCGAACCUGACGACGAGGCCUCCGCGGAACACGCACGCAUCCUCUCCGAGGCUAUGCCAUUCUCGAUCAUUGGAUCGACUGAAGACGUGACAACGAGCGACGGGCGUGUCGUCAAGGGGCGUGAGUACCUCUGGGGUGUCGCUGAGGUCGAGAACGAGAACCACUGUGACUUCCGCAAGCUACGCUCGCUGCUCAUCCGCACGCAUAUGCUCGACCUCAUCUCGACAACGGAGGAGAUGCACUAUGAAAACUACCGCCAGGGCCAGAUGGAGACGCGCAAACCGGGCGAGUCCAAACCGCGGAAAUUCGAGAACCCCAAGUUCAAGGAAGAGGAGGAGCAGCUCCGCAAGCGUUUCACGGAGCAGGUCAAGGCCGAGGAGGCCCGUUUCAGGCAAUGGGAGCAGCAUCUCAUUCAAGAGCGCGAUCGCCUCAACAAGGACCUCGAGCUGGCGCAUGGUGCCAUCAAAUCGCUGGAGGCCGAGUUGGACAAUCUUCAGGGUGGCUAUGGCAGAGGUACCAGCAGGCGAUAGAGGGCUAUUGGACGGACAUCGUCGGACGUUUGUUAUUUCCGUACCGUUUCUGGCUCGAUGAUGAUACCCUAACAUACAUACGUCGCUCCUUUAGCUCGCUGGAUCCCCGAUCUCGCCGUCUUUCGUUACGUACUACUUGGCUGACUUGGGAUAAUAUUCAUAGUAUCAUUACAACGU